AUGGCCGUCCUCCGCCCAUCGCCACCGCCAUUCUUCUUCUUCUUCCUCAUCCUCACAUUGACGUCACUGGUUUUACGAUCAUCUCCGGUGCAUUCACUCAACUGUUCAUCGGAAAAGUUCACAAACAACAAGCUUUAUUCCAACUGCACCGAUCUACCCACUCUCAAUUCUACCCUCCACUGGACUUUCACCCCACAAAACUCCACCCUCGACGUCGCAUUCAUCGCACCUCCGGCGACACCCAACGGUUGGAUCGCAUGGGCAAUCAACCCCACCGGCACCGGAAUGAUAGGGUGUCAAUCGCUCAUCGCCUUCAAGAACUCCAAGGGAUCCAUGACUGUUAAAACCUACAACAUCAGUUCCUACUCGUCCAUCGAAGAAGGAAAGGUCUCGUUCGAGGUGCCGGAGUCCAGCGCGGAGUUUUCCGGUGGAGUGAUGAAGAUCUUCGCGAUGGUGAAGUUGCCGAAGACGAUAACGGAGGUGAACCAUGUGUGGCAGGUUGGAAGUUCUGUGAAGGAUGGAGUGCCACAGAAACAUGGGUUUUCACCGGAGAAUAUGAAGGCUAUGGGCAAGCUACAACUGGAAGGAAAGAGUAAUGCUACCAGUACAGCCGCCGGUAACACCACCGCUGGUAAUACCACCGCCGGUAGCACCACCGCUUCUCCGAGUACUGGGGCAUCUUCCGGUACCACCGGAAUUUAUGCGAUUCUUAUCUUUUUUGCUUGUUUAUUGAUAUCUAGUUAGGAAUUUGCGACGACCGGAAAACGUGAGAAUUUGUUCGUACCCUGCAUGUAGUCCUCCACAAAAAUGGGAAGAAAUUAGAAAAUC